CACUGGGAACGUGAGCAAAGCCUGCAGGCACAGGGGAUUAGCUUUUCCCUGCAGGCUGAGCACGUCAGAGGCAGGUCAUCGCUGGGAGAGCUCGUGCUUUACAGCAUCAGGCUGUACAAAGUAAUUCUAAAAGCAAGCUUGCCAGUUCUUUUUGAGCUGAGUGGUUGUUGAGCAAGGAAAGAUUGGAGAUGCUGUUCACUCGCGGAAGGCGGAGAGGCAAAAAGCAAGGAAAGGGUGUGCUGUGCAUGGCCAGCUCAUCGCACCUGCACCGCUCCCCUGCUCCAAGGAGGAGCAGCUCAGCGAGCUUGGCCUGGGCCACUGAAGGGAACACAGCAACAUCUGGAGCAACCCCUCCAUUCCCGCCCCCUCCGCACGCCUCGCCACUUUCCUGCUUUUCAUGCCAGGGUGGGGCGGAGUGGCUUUCAGCUGAGUCCGGUCACGGCGCCGGCGGAACCGCCGUCCCCAGCACUGGGCCGUGUGGGCGACUGGCGGUGGUGCUGGGAUGGAUGGACUGCUCUGCACUGCAGAAGGAAAGCAGCAGCCCAUCCUACUCCGUUUAGACUGCAAUAAAGGAAAUAUCUCACCGUAGCUCUACGAGCCAGUUGAGUCAAAAGAAGCUCAGCACCUCAGCUUCCUGGAGCGUGGCAUCUCAUUUAAAAUCAUGGGGUUUGAAAGCUGAACAGUGUCUAGUCCAACAAGCUUAUUCUCUUAGGCCGUGGUGAGGCUGAGGAAACCAACUCAGGAAUGGGACACGGCAUGUGUUGCGUCAAGCAGGCGAUGCCUUUAUUACAGCCGGGUGCGUGGGAUCGCUCCACCAACACGCACAGCCAGAGAAGCAGGGACUGCAGAUUUAUAGGCGUAGCAUGUACGUAUCCAUCACAUUCCAAGGACAUGGGCAGAAAUUCCAAGAAAUAAUUCACAUCUCUGGUGGUCAUGAGAUGAAGGCUAACAGUCAUCCUCGCUGUCAAUUUCCAACCUUUUAAGGGGGCCUGCCCAAACCGGCUCCCACUGAUGUUACGUCAUGCUGAGGCAUCCGUUUUGCCAUCUUAUCUUCAACAAGAGGACGUCAAUUCUAAGCCGAUUCCAGAAAUCCCAUCAGAGGGAGCAGAUGUUCCGGCAGACAGAACAAACUGUGAUCUUCAAGGACCCUUGCGGCACAAACCGUUCUAUAGUUCAAUGAUCACCAAGAAACAUCCCAACCCAUGCCAUCCUGUGCCUCUCUGAUCUUCCAGGACCCUUCCAACACAAACCAAUCUACGGUUCUUUGAUCAUCAAGGAACUCCCAACGCUGGCCAUCCCAACCAAGCCAUCCUGUGGUUCUUAAUGAUCUUCCAGGACCCUUCCAACACAAACCAUCCUAUGGUUCUAUGACCUUCCAGGACUUUCCCAACGCAUCCAUGCUGUGGUUCUUAAUGAUCUCCAAGGACCCUCCUGUGCUGGUGAUGUCACAAUGCCGUGCUGAGCUCACAGAGGCCCCGGGGCGGGGCAGGGGCAGUGGGUCAGCGCUCACCCUGCCGGCCCCAUUCUGCGGGUGUGCAGGUCUGCGAGCAGCUGUGCGAGCGGUGCAGCCAUGCGGGCCCAGUUUGCCAGCGGAAAUUUAACAGCGCUGCAGCGCGUGAAGCUGCUGCAGGAGCUGAUGGAGGCUCAUGAGAGGGCUGUGGAGAACCACAGAGCUGAAGCCAAGGAACUCCUGAUGAAGGAGUGCCGGAAAGUGCAGGACGAAAGAGAGGCUGCUAGGCGAGAGCAGCUGGAGCAGGAGAAGCAGCUCAUCGCCCAGCUGGAAAAGCAGCUGCAGGCCGAGAGCGAGGAGAUUGAGGUGCUGCGCCAGGAGAAACGGCGCCUGCAAGAGGAGCUGGAGGAGCUGGAGGUGGAGAGUGCCUGGCAGCAGCAUCAGGUGGAGUUGGAGGCAGCCCCCGUGCCUGGGGCUGUGCUGCCGGAGCUGGUGGAGGCACAGCUGGAGAAGGAGGAGCGGGCGAGGAGACGAGGGCUCGCCUUCUGGAUGCAGACGAUCUGCCUCAUCCUGGUCUGCCUCCAGCUGCUCCUCGUUGUUGUGCUGGGCUCUGCAGUGCUGUACGCCCAGCACUUCGACCUGGAGCUCUUCUAUCGGCUCCUGCCUCGAGUGCUGCCCCGGGCAACGUACGCUUCCCUGGCGUACUUUGCGAGCAGCACCCUGCGUGUGGUCUGUGAUGGGCUGCUGCCCAUCUGACCGCCGGGCUCGGUAGCCCCUCCCAGCUCGGGGCUGCGCGGUGGGGCGCGGGGAGAGGGCUCUGUCCCCAUGGAAGGGGCCUCUCCUGUGCUCCUGCCCCCCGGGGCGCACAGGCACAGCUGUGGGGCAGUGCUGACAGGCGGCUGAGUGCCACCCCUUUGGACUUCUCAGUGAGUUUCUACUGUCGUCGUGAGCCGUCGUCGGCUGAACACCACCUCCGACGACGACCCAGCACACUGGAGGUCCGCACCUGACACCAAGACGUGGCUGGAUCUACGAGCGCUUUGCUGCCUGUCCCUCUUUCCCCAUUUUCUGCCUUUUUGUCAUCUGGUAUUCUUUGGCUCUUUGUCACAGCCAUUGCCUACAGUUAUUCAUUGCAAUCAGCCCAUUGGCCAAUGUUACCACCAAUUGGCUGUUGCUGGCUGUUAAGAAAGCUCUCAAUAAAUGGUCAUCUAUUA